AAGAACCCCCGGUUGCUGUUCUGAUUCACCCAGAAGAAUACGAACCCGUUUUUGAGAAACCCUCCGUUGGGGUCACUCUCAUCACCGGCUAUCUCGGUGCUGGCAAGUCCACCCUGGUGAAUCACAUUUUGAAUUCCCAGCAUGGGAAGAGGAUUGCUGUCAUAUUGAAUGAAUUUGGUGAGGAAAUCGGAGUGGAGAGAGCCAUGAUUAAUGAAGGGGACGGUGGCGCGCUUGUUGAAGAAUGGGUCGAGCUUGCCAAUGGGUGUAUAUGUUGCACGGUCAAGCACAGUUUGGUUCAAGCCUUAGAGCAGCUCGUGCAGAGAAAGGAAAGGCUUGACCAUAUAUUACUAGAAACGACUGGAUUGGCAAACCCAGCACCAUUGGCAUCUGUUCUUUGGUUGGAUGAACAAUUAGAAGCAGCAGUGAAGCUUGAUUCCAUUGUCACUGUUGUGGAUGCGAAAAAUCUUCGAUUUCAACUUACUGAGCAUCGCAGUUCAUCUUCGUUCCCCGAAGCUUAUUUUCAGAUAGCAUUUGCGGAUGCUAUAAUUCUUAACAAAGUUGAUUUGGUAUCUGCAGAGGGCUCUGAAGCUCUGCAGGAACUCGAGGAGGAAUUACAUAAUAUUAACUCCCUUGCAGAGAUUAUUCAUUCCGUCCGAUGUCAAGUUGAAUUGUCUAAGAUAUUGAACCGUGAAGCUUAUGAUACUGCACGGGCCAUGCAUUUAGAGACAUUGUUAGAAGAAAAUCGUUCUUUGUCUACUAAAAAGCUUCAUGAUAGUGGCAUUAGAACCAUUUGUAUUUAUGAGAAACAGGCAAUUCAUCUUGACAAGACUCGUAUAUGGCUUGAGGAGAUACUCUGGGAGAAGAAAUAUGACAUGGAUGUCUAUCGAUGCAAAGGAGUGUUAAGUGUCCGAAACUCUGAUCAGCUGCAUACUUUGCAGGCUGUGAGGGAGCUGUACGAUAUCGUUCCUGCACGCAAGUGGGAGAAGGAAGAAAUCCCGAUGAACAAGAUUGUCUUUAUAGGUCAUAAUCUGAAAGAAGAUAUUCUAAUAAAUUCCUUGAAGGCUUGUGCAGCCUAAUAAGCUAGUAAGCUCUUACAUGCAUUUCUUCCCAUUCCCCAUUUUCUUCUUUUGCUGCCACUUGGAUCUUUGUUACUGUGCAAACUCCACUAAGGGUGUGUUUAUUUGAAGAUAAAAUCGAAGGAAGCGAGAAAAAUUGGAAGGAAAAUAACUACUUUCCAUUGUUUGGUUGAAGUGGAAAAUCCAAAGGGAAGAUCCAUUGUUUGGUUGAAGUGGAAAAUUAAAAGGGAAGAAAUGAAUAGUGUAAAAAGGUGGGGGUGGGACUCACUAGAUAUUUUUCCCUCCAACGUUAGAUGUAAAAUGGAAGGAAAAUGUAUCACGGGAUUAUAUUUCAAUAUAACCCUCUUCUUUUUUAAUAUACUUUAUCUAUACUAAUAUAUAAAGCCAAGUGUCCAAUUUUAGUAGA